AUGGCCGAUCAGGCUGAUAUCACGCGACACUCUCAUCCGCUCAGUGGUAUUGUGAUAUGCUGCACUUCUGUACCUUCAGAGCUCCGUACAACCUUAGCGAAGAAGGCUGUGGAUAUGGGGGCUCGACAUGUCCUAGACCUAACCUCCGAUGUUACACAUCUUAUCUGUGCCGACCUCACCACACCAAAAUACAAGUACGUUGCGAAGAUGAGAGCUGAUGUGCGGGUCAUGGGUGUGGGGUGGGUGGAUGCCAUGUACGAUUUAUGGAUUAAUGGCGAGGACAUCAACCCUAUAGAUUUCAACGAGGAAUACAAGUUCCCUACCUUCCAGGGGUUGGCUAUCUCGUUGACUGGUAUUCAGGAGUUGAGCGAACGGAAAAAGAUCGAGGACAUUGCGAGGUCGCACGGAGCUUCAUACCAUCCUGACCUGACAAAGUCGGUAUCACACCUCAUCGCUGCGAUCUCCGAGGGGAAGAAGUACGACUUUGCUAGGAAUAAUGGCAUCAGGAUUGUUACGAUUGAAUGGCUGUACGACAGCUUAGAGCGAGGAAUGGCGCUGGACGAGAGCUUCUACGACCGAGAGCUACCUCGGGAGAUGAUUGGCGUUGGUGCUAAACCAUCGGCGACAGUAACCCCUGGGGGGAAUGUCGAGGUCUCGGGAAAGCGCAAGAUACGUCAGAGAGCGGAGGAUCUGCUGGGAAGCGGAAGCCAACACAUCUGGAGUGAUAUUCUGGGACAAGCCGCCAAUCCGAAGCCGAAGAAACGGGACGAAUGGGGGGAUGAUCCGGGGGACGAUGUGAUCGUGCUGGACCAUCCGCCACCAAUGCCCCAGGAAAGGAGGCCUGCCGAAGCUGCUGGGGGUAAAGCGAAGGGCAUAAUGUCUGCUGCUACCUUCUACAUUCAUGGUUUUAAGGAUAAGCAUGAAAAAACAGUUCGUAGUGUAUUGCUAUCCUAUGAUGCUACGAUAGUCUCAAAAAUUGAAGAUCUUGAAUCAUAUCGGGAAUCUUCAAGACUUAUCAUCAUAGUUUCUCACACCAUUUCCAAACUGAAUUGCCCUGAGUUUCCUGGUGCCGAGGUUGUCACGGAAUGGUGGCUCGAGACUUGUCUACAUGAGUCCCGGUUUGCAGAGCCAUCCGAGCACUUUACAAAUACACCGUUUGAAGAAUUUCCCCUGGCAGGGCUGGAAAGUAUGGAUAUUUGUCUCACGCGCUUUACUGGUAUCAGAUUGCUACACUAUCAAAAGCUGAUCACCUUACUAGGGGGAAACUUUCACGCUGUGCUCAGAAAAGAGCGAACCUUACUCAUCUCCAACAGGCCGGCGGUUGGUGACAAAUUCCAGUUUGCACUUCGAUACGAUAUUCCCGUGGUUUCGGAUGAUUGGCUGGAAGCAUGCGUCAGGGAGAGGGGGGCAGUAGCUUUUACAGAUUACCUUAUCCAGGGUGAGAGGUUGGAGAGUCGAGAGCGCAGUCUGAGGAUCCCAAAAGGCUUCGACCGGCGGAGGACUCGAAGGCCUGAUGCGCCCGGAAAUGGUGGUAUCGGAGCCAAAGCUCGCAGGGGGGUGAAGCGUGGCCGGGAUGAGAUCAUUGUAGAUGAUGUAGCUUGCUCUAAUGAGAAGAAACAGCGUAUUCUCCACGGCUGCAUCAUUGGUAUUAGCUCGGGAUUAAAGGAUCGUCGUGCUAGCUUGGAUUCGAUUGCCAAAUCUAUGGGUGCUGAUGUAGUGGGCUCCUUCUCUUCAGAAGACCUAACUCUAAUCACUCAUUUUAUUGAUACGUUUGAGGUGACCCGGAAGUCGACCAAGGAUUUUGAAGCGGCUAGGGCAAUUGACAAUUGUCACAUAGUCUCCACCGAUUGGCUGUAUAGUAGCGAAAAACAUGGGAGGAGAGCUGAUGAGAAGGCAUACUCCCUGAUACGACCACGUGGUAGGGGGCUGGAGAUGGAUUUCGAUAAGAGUUCUUCGUUAAGCAGCCUCGACAGCGCAAUGGUCUGUGCACCGAGCCAGGGGUUUGACUCGGAGCUUAUGCCUCCCCCAAGCGACGAUCAGGGGCUCCGAAGGGGAGAAGGUUUGGAAAACGAAGCAAAGACCCUCUUGCCCUUGGAUGUGGUGUCUCACCCUUCGCUGGACGAGCUGCACAAUCAAUCCGUACAUGUUUCCCAAGCAUCCGCCAGCGCUUUAUCGCCUACCGAGCAGGCUGAUGCGGAGAGAAGGAACCUUGUGGGGGAACUCCUGGGCAAGCUUGGAAAAGACACGAUAACAAGCGUGAUGGAUAGACGCAAGAGACCGCGUGGUAAGCUUCUAGGAAGAGCUUCAUCGAACUUAUCUUCAUACAGCAACAACAGUGCCGGUGGUUCGCAGGGUGAGGGCGCUAGGCGUGGUGACUUUGAUUUUAGCAGUCCUAACAGACACGAAGUGGAGCCUCCUAUGCCUAGCCAGGCUAUUACAUAUACAGAUCCCGAGGCGGAGAAGGAGAGGAGAACUGUUCGAGCAAAACUCCGUGGUAAUCCUGUUGCUGAAAGUCCGAAACCUGUAGGACGUAUUGGAACCGCGGUAGAUGUUGAAGUUAUGACUGCGUCAGUCACGAGGAGACGGGCAAAGAGGAAAUAGGAGUUUGCUUUUUGUUUUCUCAACAUCUUGUUCUCUCUCUCUCAUGGUGUGUACAGUACUCUAACUUAGCUACUAUAUCUGCGGGUGAACUGCAUUGCUUUGGGCGUUGUCUACUGUCUUCUGUCUGCUCUAAUGUACUCUACCAAAUCAUAGGUGUUGUGCUAAGGUGGAUGUGUUAGUGUUGCAUUUUACUGAUUCCCGGCGUAAUAAAAUGUACUAUUGCU